AUGGCUUUAGAUCAGGACGCUCCUGUGAGUACAAGCGCUGGCCAUCACCAUAGACACAUAGCUCGCACCUUAGAUGAGGGAAGACAAGCAGAUAUAGUUAUACUUGACUUCUCUAAAGCAUUUGACAAGGACCCCCACCAAAGACUCCUUCACAAGCUGGGAUACUUCACAACCUGGAAUGAUACUCUCCAUGAAGAGGACAGCAGGAUUCUACAACAGGACCUGGCAGCCCUGAAGAAUAGGAGAAAAAUAUGUCUUGGGUUAAAGUGUCUACGCUGUGAUGACGUACUAGAGCCUCGUUUCUGUGAGAGAAUUGAAUACUGCCCAGUCGGAGAUGUGUGCAGCGUGCAGAGAUACCAUAAAGAAAAUGGCGACAUCUCCUUUUGGCUUGGAUGUCUUUCUAAAACGUCGUGUGCUAAAACCCCAAACAAAACAGUGCUCCAUUCUAACAGAAGAGCAAUCCAUGGAUCUGUUUUAUGUAAUGAUUGUUGCUAUGGAGAUCUGUGUAAUAUAGAUGGUUGCGGAUCGCCAGUAUUUCCGACAUCUCGUGGACCGAUCUGUUUUAACUGCGCUCACACGCUGCACCCGAACGACUGUCACCAUGUAACUCUUUGUGGAACCAACGAGCGUUGUUUCCUUGGGGAGAAGCCACUGUUUGGUCAGCGUUACUUCACCAACCGAUGUGAGGAUGUACACGCUUGCAACAACCAUAUAUCAGCACCGAUUAUUGUUGGAAAGAAAAGGUCACAGCUCCAGCAGAGGUCAUACAAACCAUGUUCCGGAUGCUGCAGUGGAGACUUAUGUAACAGUAACUGCAAUGCUUCUUUUACAUCAGGAACUGUAAUAAACACAGGGACAACAAUGAAACCUGGAGCUUCAGAAGUACCCGGAAAUUAUGCAUUCUAUGCUCAGCUAACAUUCUCUGUGACGAAUGAUCACGCUAUUUUCAAAAAUGUGACAACCAAUGAGGGAUCCUCUUACAACGGUUCUACUGGAAUCUUUACUUGUAAAUACACUGGUGCUUACGUGUUCUCUUGGACCAUAGCAACACACGGUAGUAACAAGGCCUUUGCAGACUUGUAUGUUAACGGUAAUAUCGUGGGAACUAUCCUCUCUGACUCAUCUGAGCAUUCUGUGCAUACAGAUUCAGCCACAGGUUUUGUAGUGACUAAUCUUCAAGUAGGAGACCAACUCAGGGUCCGGAUAUUACAGGGCCCGAUAGACGGAGAAUUUUCUACAUUUUCUGGAUGGCGUCUGAAUCAAAAUGUCUCUUUUUAUGCCAAAGCUGACUCACCUUUAACAAAACCGAGUGUUUCCCAACAUGGCUUUGUUUUCAAGAAUGUAGUAACUAACAAUGGAUUGUCGUAUAUGCCGGGAAAUGGAACGUUUGUUUGCCCAGAGUCAGGUCUCUAUGCUCUUGCUUUCAACGUAGAAGCUCUUCACAAAGAUUAUAUGGUUUACUUUUACAAGGACGGAUCCAAACUAAACACUCUGGGGGUGUGGCCAGACUCCUCAAGUGGUAGCUAUCGGGACUCUUCCUCAACUCUGCAGCUAUUUUGGCUACAUGCUGGUGACGCCGUGCACCUCUACAGUGGCGAUAGUGAUGCCACUUUAGAGUCUCCAAGGUCCUCUUAUUUGGGAUGGCUUAUUCAGCCGGGAACCUCCGUGAAUACCCCGGCCUUUAUGGAACAACUAACUUCAUCAUCACCCUCCUCAUACAGCGCAGUGUUGUUUAGUUCGGAACUCCUCGAUACGACAAGUUCGUUCUAUCGCACCACAGGGUUCACCGCUCCUAAAGAUGGCAUCUACGUCAUAUUUUGGAAUAUGGAGGCAUAUGAAAAAUAUUUGAAAUCGACACUGGUCGUGAAUGGGUUGGCGUAUGGAUACACCGUGUCUGAUGGACGAUCUUCCGAUUAUGACAGCGGUUCUAAUGUAGCUGUUCUGCGGCUCCGUGCAAAUGACGUUGUGAAUGUGAUGCAGUCAACAUCUGCAGAUGGCGAUCAAACAAUGAUAUCCGGAUAUAUGUUGUUCUAA